CAUUUUUAACUUCAGAGCUAACUUGUUUGUAUCUGUCAUUUGGUAAUUUCUGCCAUAAUAACUAGUACACAAAAACUUUCAAGUACAAUAAAAACAUUAAAAUGAACAGAAAGGAAGCCCUAUCAUCGUUUAUUCAACAAAUACACACUAGACCAGUUGUUGUUAAGUUGAACAGUGGCGUCGAUUAUCGAGGUGUUUUAGCCUGUCUAGAUGGUUAUAUGAACAUUGCACUUGAACAGACUGAAGAAUAUGUGAAUGGUCAACUUAAAAAUAAAUUUGGUGAUGCGUUUAUCAGGGGUAAUAAUGUACUAUAUAUUAGUACACAAAAAAGAAGAUAUUAGUUGUAUCACAAACAUUUCUUUUUUAUGUAAAAUUAAUUUAAUUAAACACACACAUAUUUCCUAAAUAAAAUAUUUUUAAAACAAAA